CGAAGGGAUCUCGAGAUUUGACCCUCUCUCUCUCUCUCUCACAAGUAAACAGAGAAUCGCCAUGGCGAAGCUCGCUGCCCUAGCAAUCCUCCUCCUCUUCUCAAUCGCCGAGAUCUCUCUCUCCUCCGCCAAGAAACCGUCGGCCGCCGCCGCUCGAAGAGAAGACAUCCCCUUUAUACGAUGCCAGGUCUGCCACAAGAUCGCGGAGCAGAUUUACAAUCAAGUUGAGAAGAAGCAAGCUCAGAUAUCACCUAAAAAGGUUUCGGAGUACCAGAUUAUUGAGAUUGCGGAGAAUGUUUGUAAUUUGAAGAAGGAAGAGGCGGAUUGGAUUCUGCAGAUUGAUAUUGUUGAGAAAGGGGACAAGUUGGAGCUUGUUGAACAAGGUACUGAAGGGCUAUGCAACUCAGAGUGUAAGACUAUCGAGCGCGCGUGUCAAGAGAUCAUUGGAUACUCGGAUACAGAUGUUGCUGAAUUUGUAUAUAAACACCGUCCUUCUGUUGAUAAAUUGGCGAAUGUCCUGUGUAAAGACCUUUCUGAUGCAUGCUCCAAAAGCCCACCACCUGUUCCUAAGGAUAGGAUUCCAGGAGAAGCUUUUGUUGCAAAGCCAGCUAAAGAUGCAGAAAUGGAAAAGAUUAUGAGAUCCAUGGAGGGUAUGCCUGGUGCACCAAGCAUGAAGAUGUACUCGAGAGAUGACAUAAUGAAUAACAGGUUCGGUGAUGAGGAUGGUGAUGAUGAAGAUGAUGAUGAUGAAGACAAAUUCCCUGGAAAACUGGGGAACAUCUUGAGAGAGAAGGAAUCUUCUAAGAAAGAUAAAGAUUUAAAACAGAAGAUACUACAAGGUGUAAAAGAUGCUGGAAAGGUUGUGAAAGGGCACGUAAACAAGGUUUCGAAACAGCUUGGAAGUUGGUGGAGAGGGAAGAAGACGAGCACCAAAACAUCAAAGAAAGGGAAAUCUGAACUCUAGGGCCAGAAUUUUGAUACUACGUUUAUCAGAUGUCUCGGUUUUUUGUAUAUGGGAUACGGCAUUGUAAUCUAUUCGAAACUCCCAGAAUGUAGAAUGGUGUAAUACAAUCAAUUCUUCGUAAGUACUGAGAUGAUCGUUAGCUA